AUGCGCUCAUCUGUUCCCGCGGUAGUGGUAGAAACCGGCAAACGCUCUCUCCCUAAGCAGAGUGGUAUAUCAAAGACUGCUGCCGUUUCAGAGAGGAAGACGGAGUACGACCACUUCUUCUGGACUUACACAGAAGAACCACACCGAACACGACGCCAAGCUAUUAUAAAGGCUCAUCCCGAGGUGACAAAACUGUGUGGCCCUGAACCUCUUACGAAAUAUGUUGUUACCGGAGUCGUCGCUCUACAAAUCCUCUGCGCAUAUCUCUUAAGAGAUGUUGCCAUUAUAUCAUGGCCGUUCCUCCUCACAGCCUACAUUAUCGGCGCGACCGCAAACCAAAACUUGUUUCUCGCCAUUCAUGAAAUAUCGCAUAACUUGGCAUUCCGCUCUCCGUUGGCGAAUAGAACCUUCGCAGUAUUUGCAAACCUACCUAUUGGCAUCCCCUAUAGUGCCUCGUUCCGACCAUACCAUCUCACGCACCAUAAGUCCUUAGGGGUAGAAGGUCUUGAUACAGACUUGCCUACCGCCCUUGAGGCUUUUUUUCUCGACUCCGUCUUUGGCAAGGCCUUCUUCUGUACCUUCCAGAUCCUUUUCUACGCCAUCCGACCCAUGAUGGUGUACAAGUUGCCCAUCACGAAAAUACACCUCUUCAACGUUGCCAUACAGCUCGCCUUUGAUUUCGCCCUCAUUCAAUUUGCCGGUGGUCGUGCGUUGGCAUACUUGAUUAUGAGUUCGUUUUUGGCUGGGUCGUUACAUCCUUGUGCCGGACACUUCAUCGCGGAGCAUUAUGUCUUCGGAAGACAAGCUCCUGGAGCGAAGGAUCCCUCGACUAUGGUACCAGUGCCUGAAACCUACUCAUACUACGGACCACUCAAUCUGCUGACCUACAAUGUGGGUCUGCACAAUGAGCAUCAUGAUUUUCCCGCCAUCCCGUGGACUCGUCUUCCGGUCCUUAGGAAGAUCGCCGGAGAGUUCUACAACGAUCUGCCGUAUCACAAGAGUUGGGUGUACGUGUUGUGGCAAUUUGUUUGGGAUAAGGAGGUGGGAUUGUGGUGUCGAGUAAAGAGAGCCGAGGGAGGCAGAAAGGUCGGCGCAGAUUCAUGGAAAGAAGAGGAAUUAGGCGCAAAUGAAGCAAAAGGAGCGAUUCCAGGUGUGCGCUAA